GGUCUGCAUAUGUAGAACAAUGCACAGCAUUCUACUAUUUUUCUAUAUUUUCUGCCUUGCAUGGGCAAAGGACAUAAUUCCACAAUACGAUGCCGAAUUAGGCGUAACACACGUCUUCGUGACAAACAUCACCAUCAUCGACCCGAGCGAGUCACGCCAGCAAGAGGAAUACUCGCGACUACAAAGCCCUCUUCAUGCCUUCCAUCGCUACAAAGAGCGCAAUCUAGCCGAAACAAAGCGAUGGCGGGAUUGGUAUAAGAAAAUCCCCAAAAAACAGCGCUCGAUUGUUGAAUCCACGGUGAAAUAUACCCGGAAGCUGAAUACCGUGGAACACCUUUUCGAGACAAAUGAGCAAUUGGCGCAUGAGAUUGUCAAGCAUGGGAAACAAUUCUAUAACAUUUCCCAAACUGAAUUGGACCAGUUCAUCAAGGAGAACGAGAAGAAGGGUGUCAAUACCGACAAAACGAGCGUCUCUCAGGCAAUGAAGCAUUUCGUGCGCGAUUGGGCCGAUGAAGGAUACGAGGAGCGGCAGGACGCAUUUCCGUGUGUUCUAGGUACUCUUGCGAAUAUGUCGAGAACAUCCGAGCAACCGUUGCGAGUGUUAUUGCCCGGAGCAGGACUGGGACGACUGGCGCAUGAGGUUAAUGUAUUAGGUGGCUUCGAGGUAACCAUGAACGAAUGGUCCAUGUACAUGAACCUCGCAUAUCGAUAUCUAUCCAGCCUGUCGAGCGCCAACGGCAAGAUUUUCCAUCCAUAUAUCGACUGGUGGUCACAUCAAGUGACAACUGCUGAUUUGCAGCGUUCCGUCUCGUUUCCGGAUACAUUGGUUAGUCCCUCUGUCCUCCUGGUAGAAGGCGACUUUACUACCGUAUUUGCAGAAGAUGCGGGGAAGUAUGACGUGAUCGUCACGCUGUUCUUCAUCGAUACUGCGCGGAACUUGGUUUCUUAUUUUGAGAAUAUCCAUCGGUUACUCCGCCCCGGGGGCAAGUGGAUCAAUCUAGGUCCGUUGUUAUACGGAAGUGCGCCCUUUUUGCAGCUGUCGCUGGAUGAGAUUAUAGCUUUAACCGAACACCUCGGAUUCAAGUUUCAGGAGACGGACGCAUCUUGUGGGGAUAUAACAAUACCUGGGAUGGCAGUUCGUGGCAAGGAAGUGGCCUACGCCCGGAAUGGGAAGGGACUGAGCAAGAAUGCAUAUCAGGCGCAGUUUUGGGUCGCCCGGAAAAAUUAAAGGUAUAAUUCUCUGUGGAACUAGAAUAAGAUACAUGGCUUGGGCAUGACUCCAGAGUGGGAGUCUUGUUGCAGCGACGACCUAUGUCUUGUCAACAUAUUUCCUGACAAGCAACGACCAAUUUGUAGAAGGAUCCGACAGGCGAUACAAAAUCUCAUACACGCCACGAGGGCAAAUAUGAGAAUGGGAGAAAAGCUUCAUUCUAAAGUAAUCUUCCAAGCUGGUGUCGCAUCU